AUGAGCGCUUACAGACACGCAGCCCCACCUACUACUGGAAAUAAACGGCCCCUCUCACCAAAUUAUCUUUCUCAUUCUAUCGCUAUACCUAUCUCCUCUGCGAUGGACCACUGUUCCGCCACAUAUCUCGCCGCGCAGGCACUCUCACGCACGAAAAAGGUCUUCAUCGGAGGAGUCGCAACCUCGACAACAGAAGAAGAACUCAGUAACUACUUUUCUGAAUUUGGAAAGAUCGAGUCAUGUGAAUUGAUGAUGGAUAAGACGACCAAUCGUCAUAGAGGUUUCGGUUUCGUAACCUUUGAAUCGGAAGAAUCCGCGGAAAAGGUUUGUCGAAUACACUACCACGACGUCAACAAUAAAGUGGCAAGUUGCUAA